ACCAUGUUGCAAGAAACUGCUCCACCCAUAACCAUAUCUAUGAGAUGAAGCACUUGAAGCUGGAAGAUUCACAGCAGCUGUUCUUCAGGACAAUGUUUCAGUCCGACGACGAAUGUCCGCCCGGACUGGAGGAAGUCUCCACAGCUAUAUUAGAAAAGUGCAACGGUUUGCCUCUAGCCAUAGUAAGCAUAGGUCGUAUGCUUGCUCAGAGGGAAAACAAGAUACCCGCAGAUUGGCAAAAGGUAUGUCGUAGGCUGGGUCCUGAACUAGAGACAAACCCCACUUUAGAGGCAAUGGGCCGGAUAUUUACCCUUAGCUACAAUGAUCUGCCCUACAAUUUGAAAGCAUGCUUCUUGUACCUGUGCGCUUUCCCCGAGGAUUAUGAGAUCAAAAGAGGGCCUCUGAUUAGGCGAUGGGCAGCCGAAGGUUUCAUCGCUGCCAUGCGUGGGCUGAGUUUGGAACAGAUUGGUCAGAAUUAUUUCGACGAGUUCAUCAGUAGAAGCCUGGUCACCCCUGGAGUGAUUUCAGACACCGGCGAGGUCAAGAGCUGCAAGAUUCAUGACAUUAUGCUGGAAGUUAUAACCUCCAAAUCAGUCCAAGAAAACUUCAUGUCGUUCCUAGGGAGUUCGGAAGACAACACUACAGCUGGCCAUGACAAGAUCCGGCGGCUCUCCAUCCAUCCCGGUGGCACCAGGGAGAAUAAAGGCUUCACCAGUCAAUACUUGACCCAUACCCGUUCUUUGACAAUUAUUGGCAGCACUCAAAAACCAGCAGCCAUCACUUUUUCAGGCUUGACUCUUUUAAGGGUUCUAGACCUCGAAGGAUGUCUAUGGUUAAGCAAUCAAGAUUUGAAGGACAUUUGCAAACUGUCUCUGCUGAGCUACCUGAGUCUUAGAAGCACAUCCAUAUCCGAAGUUCCAAAUGCAGUAGGGAAACUGAAACAAUUGGUGACAUUGGAUGUAAGGGGAACAUCUGUGGCUGAAUUUCCCAGAGGCAUCACUAAGCUCCAAAAUCUGAAGCACCUAAUGACAGGCAGUUAUCAGUACUAUACAAGGACACGAAGUGUUAAGCAUCUCUUAACUGGAGUGAAGCUACCACAUGGAUUACGGAAUAUGUGUGCCCUGCAGAGGAUUUCUACCAUAGAUAUCAACAAAAGCUUCCGUUCAAUGGAUGAGCUGGGGGGCUUGUCUCAGUUAACCAGGCUUGACGUGGUCAGCCAUGAGGAAGACGAGGAUACAAGUAGCUGGGGACCCUUUGUUGAGUCUUUGAAAAAGAUGAGCAGCUCCCUUCGAUACCUGUCAUUUCAGCGUUUGAGAUCACCACCUGUUCCACUAAAUUUUUUAGUAGACCUAACAUCCCCACCUCUCUUUCUUCAAAGCCUACACUUGUGCGGGCGACCAGGUACGCUGCCUCGGUGGUUUUCAUUGCUCAGUGACUUGGCCAGUGUGUCAAUUCGAGAGACUUGCUUCGGCGCUGAGUUGAUAAAGGUCCUAGGGAAGCUUCCCAAUCUUCUUUCAUUCAAGAUAUAUGCAUCGGGAAUAGAAUCCACAGAAACUCGACUAUGCUUUGGAAAGGAUCGAUUUCCACGGCUGAAGCAACUGGUCCUCGAUAAUCCGUCAAAUUUCUCCGAGGAGAUCAGCUUUUGCGGGGGCGCAACUAAUCUUGAGAGGCUCACAUUGUCAAUAGUGAGGGUUCCCAGCAGAGGCAUUUCAGGCAUUGAAAACCUUUUGAAACUAAAAGAGGUUGAGUUCUUCGGCUCAAUUGUUCAAUCUCUGGUGAACAAAGUAAUGGCUGUGGCCAGGGAACACAAAAAUCAUCCAAGAGUCACCUUAGAAGGUCAAUCUACGGAAGAUCAACCUACGGAAGCUCAACCCAUGGAAGAUCAAUCUACGGAAGCUCAACCCACGGAAGAUCAACUACGGCCGGAAGCUGCCUAAGCAUCUUGCUGGCAGCUGUAGGCAUGAACCCUGGAGGCUGGAGGUGCUGCAAGAACCAAUAGUUGAUGACGGGUGUGCUGGAACUUGGGGUCUACACUCUCCCUCGAGCCGAUGCGUGUACAUAUAUUAGUUUUUGUGAGUUCCUUCCGGCGCCCCGGUGGCGCCUACAUGCUCUUUUUUGU